AUCAAUGUGCGGGGCAGCGCACAACGUCAGGCGGACCGAUUCCCGGCGUCUGCCAGUCCCGCCACGGAUUCAUUUGGGAUCCUCAAACAGAUGAGUCCGUAGAGACGGGGGAUCAAGGCAGCCUAUUAGAGCCGAUUGCCUGCUUCGGGGACUGCCAGCCCUUCCAGGCCCGGCGACGGGGGGGAGGGAGGGGAAAGACGACGGAGCGCCGCUGCGGGAAGACACUGAAGCCGGAGCGACACUCGCAGCCCCCCCACCCCCACCUUACAGCGCAGGCUUUGAAAGCUGCUCCCCCACCUGAAUGGAAACUCAGAACCGCCUGGCGGCGCGUUCCUCCUGGCCCAGCGUUGCGAUCCAUGCCGAGGGGAAGGUAGUGCGAGCCCGCGCCAGCGCCCAGCUCCCGGGACAGGGCCGGCAAUGCUGCUGAGCAGAACUUGACCGAGCCCCUUCCUCGCUGCUUAGUGGAAGCGAUGCUGCACGGCACAGUCAGCGUUUUCCCGGCUCUCCUUCAAGCUGAAGGUUACCCACCCGCGCAGCCAGCCCCAACCCUGUGAACGCCGCGCCUCGAUUCCCGGCUCCGGCUGCUUGGCGGCGCGCAGGGCAACGACCGGGCCGCCCGCGCCGGGGCGCACUGCACCAGCGGCUUCGGCUUGGUGGAUGUGUAUGCAUGAGUUCUGCACCGAAUGGGCGCAAAAAGCGCCCCAGCCGGUCCACCCGCUCCUCGAUCUUCCAGAUCAGCAAGCCCCCGCUGCAGAGCGGGGAUUGGGAGCGCAGGGGCAGCAACUCCGAAAGCGCCCACAAAACCCAACGAGCCCUGGACGACUGCAAGAUGCUUGUCCAGGAGUUCAACACGCAAGUGGCCCUGUACCGAGAGUUGGUCAUUUCUAUCGGGGACGUCUCUGUGAGCUGCCCCUCACUCCGGGCGGAAAUGCACAAGACCAGAACCAAAGGCUGUGAAAUGGCUCGUCAGGCACACCAAAAACUUGCUGCCAUCUCAGGCCCGGAAGAUGGUGAGAUCCAUCCAGAAAUCUGUCGGCUUUAUAUCCAGCUGCAGUGCUGCUUAGAAAUGUACACAACAGAGAUGCUCAAAUCCAUAUGUCUGCUGGGGUCUCUUCAGUUUCACCGAAAAGGAAAGGAGCCUGGCGGGGGAACCAAGAGUUUGGAUUGCAAAAUUGAGGAGAGCACAGAAACACCUGCUCUAGAGGACUCCUCAUCAUCCCCUGUAGAUAUUCAGCAACAUUCCUGGCAGGUUUCCACAGACAUCGAGAACACUGAAAGAGACAUGCGAGAAAUGAAAAACCUUUUAAGCAAACUCAGGGAAACUAUGCCUUUACCAUUGAAAAAUCAAGAUGACAGCAGCCUUCUAAAUCUAACUCCCUACCCCCUGGUUAGAAGACGGAAGAGAAGGUUCUUUGGGCUGUGUUGUCUGGUGUCAAGCUAGACAACUCCUCCUGGAAACCCACCAUUGCGAAGACCGGAAAAUAUCACAGAACCUGAGGACCUCCAGACAGCUGAACCACAAUUAUUGGUUUUUGACUAUGUUUUCUAUGCUUCCUUAUUACUUUUAUUCGCCUCCCCCUACCGUUUUAAAUGAUUUUACAUUUGAAAGCAGCUGCUGUCAAGGGAAAAAAAGAUUCAAAAAGCAGGCUGUUUUUAAAAGGAUUUUUAAAGCUGACAUUGCGCAUGUCUGCUCCAAACCAUACCAUGACAGAUGCAAGAAUUAUGGUUUUUAAAUUAUUUCAAGGUUUUUUUAAAUGUAUUAUACAGAGAAAAAUUAUUUCAUGUAUAAUAGUAUAUCUUUAGCUCUUGCUGUUCUCUCAUGUGAACAAUUUAUCAUAUAUGAGAGUCUUUAAACAUAGAAAUCUAUCUAAACUGCAAAACUGUGUUCAAAAAUCCAAUCUAUCAAUAUUAUUAGGAAUAAUAUUAUAACCAAACUUACACCACCUCACCUAUUGCUUUGUCUGCACUCAUUUACAUUCAGUCUUCCAUUCUGUCAGAAUCCAAGAGCUUCUACAUAAAGAUAUCUUAAUUUAUAAUGCAACAGAAACCAUAUAUGAAACAUAUUUAAAUUUUGUAAAUACACAAUAAUCCUAAUAUCUUCGUACAAUGCAUAUGGGCAACUAAUUUCCUUUCGAUCCAAUGGUGUCUUUUCAGCUUCUUGGAGAAUGAAGUAAUCCAGUUAGAAAAUGGUGUAGUAACAUAUACAAUUACCCUCAAAUGUAAAAUUGAAUAUUAUCACAUUUUGUUCUAAUUGAAAUCUGAAGCAUGAUGUCUGCGCAUCAGCAUAGUGUUAAAUCUUAUAGGGCAUGCUGGAAUUAGCUCAGAUCGUAAAAAUAUUUAACAUUUUACGUUAAUAAAAUCUUUUUAGUUAAGCUAAGCUUGUCUCAUUUAGAUGACUAUGCAGAUAUGACUUUUCCGAUGUGUACUUGGUGUCUUGUCUUAUGCUUAGAAUCUUGAAAGCAGGACACAUUAAGCAAUACUAUAUUUUAGAAAGGAGGAAGCCACAUGCUUUGUUUUUCUGCUCACAGCUCUCUUGCUAUCUUCCUCACUAAACUUGUAACAUGGUACAAAUUGUGUUAUAUUUUCCCCUGUUCUUCCUUGGCCCGUUACCUAAACAGGAUUUCCUAUGGGUUGAAAGAUCAGGCCUUUGGACUUCUCUUCUUGCUUUUCAAAAAUCUAAGGACUCCUCAAGACAGACAAGAGACACAAGUGUCUAAUCCAAUAAAAGGAUGAGCCAGAUGCCUAUCGGUGGUUUAUCCAAGAUGCAUCUUUAAUCCCAACCCUAUACUUUCUCAGUACUUAUGUGCAUAGGCAUUUAGAUGUCCAAUAUUUUUGACCCAACAACUAAUACAUUAAAGCUGUUAGCUUUAGUGAAGAUGAAGAUAGGUGUUUAUGAACUACUGGAAUAAUUAUUGUAUUAGAUUGACCUAUAUGAAAUUGCUGGUAUUUGACUGACCUACAAAAAUGGCAAUUUCAUAUGGUUCAACCUAAUAUCUGUUGUUGUGGAGAUUAUACUUGGAAUUCUCUUCUAGCUUUUGUGAUCGAAAGCAAAAGGAUUAGAGGGUUGGAAAAGAUCUCAAAAGGCUAUGCGGUCUCUUAGAUCAUACCAGCUGAUUUUUGGCCUUAUUCUUGGAGUCCAGAGUUCUGUUCCAAUGAACUUGUAAUUGACGCAUUGAGGCAUAUAGGUAUGCCUAACUUCAUAUAAAGACGUAUCUUUUUGAAAGUUAUAUGAGAAAAUCACAACUUUCUAAAUCAAAUAUUUGUAAAACAGUUGUUGGAAUAUGCUCUUUAGAGACUCUUAGAAUGAAUACCCCCUUGCAAAGCAGGUAACCACUCCCAGAUUUGUCUGGUCUGCAAACCCUGAUUUCAUAAAUCAGGUCUGACUGAAGUUUCAUAUCUUUUUUGAAUAUGGUUCAUUUUCGUCCCAGGUGGUCAAUUCACUUAAGGUCCAUUGUUUUAGAAAUAAUAAAGCAGCCCAGUUGGGCACGCUCUCAGCUCCCAUCUCUGCCCUCACGCACCUUUACACUAUAUUGAACCCUUAGCUUCAAUCUCAUUCCUAUUAAUUCAUGCAAAGGUAUUAACCAAUAAAUCCAACCUUGGUGUUCAGCACGUUCCUCUAAAUGCUUGACCUAAAUCACUUCUGCUUGGUUAAUUUGGGCUCACUCUCGCCUUAGUCUCGGUAUGAAAGGAACACUUACCUCCUGUGCCAUUGUCCUUUGUACAACUGAAGACUGUUAAUAAAUUCAGGUCUCACCUCCAGGUCUGGGAGGGCUAUGGUAGCUGUUCAUGGAGAUGGGAAUUUGUCUAAUUCCCCAGCUAGGCUUUCCAUAUCUGAGGUAAAUAAAUUCAGCCACCUUAUCUUUUAUUCAUAGUGCCUGUUUCCCAGACUUUGAUUGCUUUUAUAGUUCAUGUGGACACACUCCAAGAUUUAUAGAUCUUCUUUCACUAGCAGGUUCUAAAACGAAUUUCAGUGCUCCAAGUCGUGAUGACCUGCACUGGCUCAUAAUGGCAAUAGAUAGCUCACCACCUCCCACUGGAUACGCCAAUGCCUCUCUUUAGGGGCUGACCCCACUCUCCUCUCACCUACCAAAGGACUUUCUCAGGUGUAGUCCAUGAGAUACAAGUCUACCAUCUCGGCCUCCUGCUGGUAAUUCGCUUCCAGAUUAGCAAUAACACUGAUCUGAUCUCUAGGGGUAAGGAGAAAACACUGAACCCAUUCCAUUGCAUGUCCUCACAUGCUGAAACUGGAAAAGGAUGUCAACUUUUUCUGGCACACCGUCACCCAUUUUACCCCCGCCUAAUUUUAAUAUCCCGUGUUGAUUCAUCGUUUUCUUUUUUCCAGAUUACAGAAGCGAUAUAUGUUCUUUGUGGGAAAUCAGGAACAUACCACUAAGUAUAAAGAAAAUAAAAAUCACCUGAAUCCCACCACAAUCCUAUUGUUUAAAACCACAACUCCAGGCUUUAAGUCAGUCAGUGGCGGGGCCCAGAGGCACUUGUGGAUAAGGUAUGUGAGCGAAUGCCCACAGGGCCAAGGUAUCACUUUAAAAUACCUGUCCCCUGAUGUCUUGCACGCCUCUAGGAACAGAUCGACUGCAAAAUUCUGGUUAAGCCAUUGUUCAAGGGUACAAAGAAGACUUUAGAAGUAGCACAGCCCCGAUGCCUCCUCUCAAGAAAGCUCUUAGGGAAAUUCUAAAACCUGCAGGAUGGUUUUCUUCUUCGGUGCUCCUAUAACGGUUGGCUACUUACUGUAGGGCAAUACUGCCACCUACCGGAUGCUGAGCUUUAGAAUAAGAAGGGAAAAUAAAUGCACAGAGUGCAAAGACAGCUCAUUUAUUUUAGACAGCAAACAAUGGGCCAGAUUAACAAUAUCCCGUAUAGCAUUCAGAUUCUGGAAGUCUCAAAGUUGAAAGGAUUAAGAAUAUCAUCCAGACUCACUUCCCUUGCCACACGCAUAUACCUAAGCACUGUCUAUCAUUUCUUUGUGUUCUAGAACGUCACCAAAUGCAAAAUGCUCAGCUUUCAGAUGACUAUAGAUAGGAUGAGGAAAACCAGUGAUGCUAUUGGCCCGUAAUAAAUCAUUAUAAUUAAAUAUAAAGAUCAGAAAUAAACCCAAGAACACAGAAGCAUUGAGUGCAUUAUAAAGAUGGUGUUUCAAAUCUGUGGGAAAAGUUUGGAUUACUUAACAACUAGGGAUGAUUGGUUGGCUAAUUAUUGGGGGAUAUACUAGAUCUAUACCUCAUAACUUCCAUCAGAAUAAAUUCUAGGUGAAGUUAAGAUUUAGACGUUAAAACACAUAAGCACAUAAAAGGACCAGCAGGCAAUAUUGACAAAUAUUUACGUAAUUUUACUAUGAAAAAAAAAAAAGGCUUUCUAAGCAGGACAACAAAAGAAGAAACCAAAAGGAAAAAGAUGGAUAGAUUUGACCAGUUAAAAAUACAGAACCCUUAUACAGUAAAAAAUAACAAACCAAACUGAGAGAAAACAAAAUUUGAAAUAUACGCAACGAAGAGCAUAGAUCUCUAAAUCAUAUCAAGACCCCAUUGCCCUUGGAAAGUUUCUAUGAUCUACAAUCUGCCCAACCAAGUGUUCCCAUUUCAUUGUUUCCUCAUUGCACUUUUAAAAUUAUUGCUUGUUUGUCUGUUUCUCUUCACUAAGCUGGAAGUUCAAGAAAGCAGCAACUAUGUCUAUUUCGCUUACUGUUAUAUCCUCAAUACUUAACACAGUGCUAGACACAAAGCAAAUACUGAAAACAUAUUUAUUGUGUGAGUGGAUAAUGAAUGCAUGAAUAAGUAACAUUUUAUGAUCAAAAAGAAUCAAGCUUUUGAGUAGAAAAUUGAGCCAAGGACACAAACCGUCAGUGUACCAUAAGUUAAAGUAAUGAACUAAUAAUAAAUAUGAAAAUAUUUAACUAGUAAUCAAAAGUGCAAAUUCUUACAAUAUAUUCUUUUUUAUGUAUCAGAGAGACAAAGGGUAUAAAGAACUAUAGUUCCCAGGGACAACAAGGAAGUAUGGAAAUGAACAUUUUCUCACAGAGUCAACAAGGGUGUAAAUUGAUCUGAUCUUUCUGGAAAAUAUUUUGGCAAUACACUUUUUGUGUAUGCCAAAUACUUCCACUUUAGUGAAAUUCUCCUCAAAAGAAGCAAGGUACAUUCAUGCAUUAUUCAAAAAAAUAUAUUUAAAAAGGAUGUUUAUAAGAGCAUUAUUUGGAAGAAUGGAAAAAAAUAUAAAUAAGCCUACAAUAAAGGGUUGAUUAAAUAGGGUAUAUCCUUUCAAUGGAAUACUGCCCACCAAUUAAGAGUAAGCACUAGCUGUACAUUUAUUGAAAUAAACAGCUAUAUUGUUAAAUGGAAAAGGAAGUUACAAAGAAUAUAGUAUGUUUCCAUUUUAAAAGUAUACAUAUACAUGUGUGCAUUACAGCAUCUGAAAGGAUAUUUGCUAAAAUGUUAAUAGCAUCUAUCUCUGGGAGGUGAGAUUUGGAGCAACUAUAUUUUCUUUUUGCAUAUCUGUAAUUUCUGGUUUUUCCACAAUGAGCAUGUAGUAUCUGUAUAAUUUUUUCAGGGAAUAAACAACAAUGUUCACGAUAGAUCUUAAAUGAAAAAAAAAACACGUUAUAAAACAGUAUGUAUA